AUGCGGAGCAAGAGAAAUGUCGUAAAUGGAGACAGUUACCUGAAAAUUCCCGCUGGAUUCAGCAUAGGGGCAGCCUCUUCUGCUUUUCAAGUCGAGGGAGGCUGGAAUGCGAGUGAUAAAUCAAUGAGCAAUUUAGACCACAUCUACAGAGCUGGUUCUAAAAUGGUUGCAGAUACAUCGUGCAAUUCUUACUAUCACUGGGAAGAAGAUGUUGAGUUGAUGGCAGAAAUCAAAUUGCAACACUAUCGAUUUUCGUUGAGCUGGCCAAGAAUUUUACCAACUGCAUCUCCGGAGAAUAUCAGUGAAGAUGGAGUGAAGUAUUAUAACAAUGUCAUUGACGCGUUAUCGUCAAAAGGAAUCACGCCUUUUGUCACGAUUUAUCAUUGGGACCAUCCGUAUAUCUUAGAAUCAUUCGGAGGAUGGGCCAAUGAAAGCAUGAUAGAUUACUUUGUUGAUUAUGCACGAGUCGUUUUCCGAGAGUUUGGAUCUAAAGUCCGAUUCUGGAGUACUGUGAAUGAACCCACUGAAUAUUCUGUUAUUGUCGGCAGUUCAGGUGCGAAUGAACUAGUAUAUAGCUGUGUUCACAAUAUGUUGAAAGCUCACGCGAAAGUUUACCACAUGUACAACGAAGAAUUCCGAAAAACGCAGAACGGACAAAUUGGGAUCGUUGCAGUGAGCCAUUAUUUUUACCCAUCCAUGCAGAAUGAUACAGAAAUAGCGAGAAUAGCUUAUGAGUUUCACGGUGGAUGGACUAUCAAUCCGAUAUUCUCCAAGGAUGGAGAUUACCCAGCUGUCAUGAAGCAAUACGUGAAGACAUUACCGAAAUUCUCAUCAGAGUGGAUUGAUCUUAUAAGGGGAUCAUCUGAUUACUUAGGACUUAAUUAUUACGCAUCAUACUUAUCCAGACGUAACCCGAACAAAACGAGUGCCAAACCUGCUAUUAAUUUCCGCAAUCGACAUUGGCCUAGAGCCGUUAAUGGAUGGCAGAGCGUGCAUGCCAAGGGGUUCGGAGACCUGCUCAGAUUUAUCAAAGAAACCUAUGAUAAUCCGCCAGUUUAUAUACUAGAGAACGGUAUUGCGACUGAUAAAAGUCUUUAUGACUUACAAAGAGAAGAAUAUCUAUACGAUCACAUGAAGGAAAUGCUUCUGGCUAUAAACCGAGAUGGUUGUAAUGUUAAAGCGUAUACAGUGUGGAGUCUCCUAGACAAUUUCGAAUGGCUUCAAGGUUAUAAGUUCCCUUACGGAUUGGUAAGCGUGGAUUUUAAUCAUCCCAAUAGGACGAGGACACUUAAAUGGUCAGCUUUGUGGCUUGCUAAUACAACUACAAGGGGGGAGUUGGUCGACAAGACAUCCUUCGAUAGUUAUUUACUGUAA